AUGCCAGGCGGGAAUUCUGCUGCCGCCGGCGGGAAGACCGGCGUGAGAGUCGUAGUCGUCGGAGACCGUGGAACUGGAAAAUCGAGUUUGAUUGCGGCGGCAGCCACCGAAUCUUUUCCGGAAAACGUAUCUCCCGUGCUUCCACCCACUCGCCUCCCCGCCGAUUUCUUCCCCGAUCGCGUUCCUAUCACUAUCAUCGACACUUCUGCUAGCUUGGAGAGUAGAGGAAAGCUAAAUGAAGAAUUGAAGCGAGCUGAUGUGAUAAUAUUAACUUACGCGUGUGAUUUUCCGUUGACGCUAACUCGUUUGAGUAGUUUUUGGCUUGAAGAAUUUCGUCGAUUAGAGGUGAAGGUACCGGUGAUAGUGGUGGGUUGCAAGGUAGAUUUGAGAGAUGAGAAUCAGCCGAUUAGCCUGGAGCAGGUUAUGGGACCAAUCAUGCAGCAGCAUAGGGAGAUUGAGACCUGCAUAGAGUGCUCUGCUGUCCCUGACGUUUUCUAUUAUGCUCAAAAAGCUGUACUUCAUCCAACAGCUCCUUUAUUUGACCAAGAAACUCAAGCUUUGCAGCCCCGAUGUAUAAGGGCACUGAAAAGGAUAUUUGUUAUAUGUGAUCGUGACAUGGAUGGGGCGCUCAAUGAUGCAGAGUUGAAUGACUUUCAGGUUAAAUGUUUUGAUGCUCCACUGCAGCCUGCUGAAAUAGUAGGUGUGAGAAGAGUUGUGCAAGAAAAGAAGAAAGAAGGGGUCAACGACCUGGGCCUUACCCUUGAAGGGUUCCUGUUUCUCCAUACUCUUUUCAUAGAUAAAGGGCGCCUUGAAACUACUUGGGCUGUUUUGAGAAAAUUUGGCUAUGGCAAUGAUUUAAAACUCAGAGAUGAUUUUCUUCCAGCUCCAUUGAAGCAUGCUCCUGAUCAGAGUAUCGAGUUGACAACUGAAGCUGUAGAGUUUCUUCGUCAGAUGUUCCGAUUGUUCGAUACUGAUAAUCAUGGAGCCUUACGACCUACUGAGCUUGAUGAGCUAUUUUCAACUGCUCCAGAAAAUUUUGCACCCCUGCAUAAGGGGCUACUUGCUGAUUGUCCAAUCUCUGAAGGACUUGUAUCUCAUAUUCUGAGGAGGUACCUGCUCCAUAAGGAUGUUGAGAAGCAAGCUCCUUGGGGUGAGGCUCCUUACAAGCAUGCUGCAGAGAGAAACACACAGGGAAAUUUAACACUGAAGGGGUUUCUAUCUGAGUGGGCUCUCAUGACCAUGCUGGAUCCACGAGGGAGUUUGGCUAAUUUGCUUUACAUUGGAUAUGGAGGAAAUCCGGCUUCAGCACUUCGUGUUACUCGGAGAAGAUCCGUUGAUCGUAAGAAGCAACAAACAGAAAGAAAUGUCUUCCACUGCUUAGUUUUUGGCCCUAAAAAUGCUGGAAAGUCUGCUCUGUUGAAUUCAUUCUUAGGAAGGCCAUUCUCAGAAAAUCAUGAUCUGACAGCUGGUGAACUUUAUGCAGUGAAUGUUGUUGACCAGCUUGGGGGAAAUAAGAAGACCCUUAUUUUGCAAGAAAUACCAGAAGAUGGAGUGAAAAAAUUCCUAUCCAAUAAAGAAUCUCUGGCAUCAGUUGAUGUUGCUGUAUUUGUUUAUGACAGCUCGGAUGAAUAUUCGUGGAAAAGGUCAAAUGAACUUCUUCUAGAGGUUGCUAGGCAUGGAGAAGAAAGUGGUUAUGGGGUGCCUAGUCUCAUUAUUGCUGCUAAGGAUGACUUGGAUCCACAUCCAAUGAGUGUGCAAAAUUCAGCAAGGGUUUGCCAAGAGUUGGGAAUAGGGGCUUCUGUUCCUAUCAGCUCAAAGCUUGGAGAUGUGAAUAAUGUUUUCUGCAAGAUUUUAAGUGCGGCUGAACACCCUCAUUUGAACAUUCCUGAAACUGUGGCUGGGAGGAAACACAAGCAGUUCCUCCGGCUUGUCAAUCACUCCCUUCUGUUUAUGUCAGUUGGCGCUGCUUUUGCUGUUGUUGGAAUGGCGGCUUUUCGUGCCUACGGUGCAAGGAGGAAUUCUUCUAGUUAG